AUCUCAUAUACGGUUAAUAUAUGUUCAGCACCCGGGUCAAACUUGCAUUAAGUAAGUGAACGUAGCAGAGAUUACACAUGGCAUCAAAAACUUCACGAAAGAUUGAGAGCAAGUGAAUUGAAACACAUGGAUUUUCCGAGCAGGAUAUAAAUACAAUUACAAUUAACUCAUCAUGGCGCUUCGUUAUUUUUCAAUAAUUUUUUCUUUUCUUCUGGUUCUCAAUGCAUACCAGCUGCAAGUAAACGCCUUACUCGAGGAAACAACUGUACUAGCAAUCGAUACAAGUGAAAAAUUUAUAUCUGAACUCGAGAAGAAGACCACUUAUACAGAUGUUAAGGAUCUUAUUGAUGCCCUUAAACGCUUAACUCAAUUAUAUUGCGAAAGUAUAAGUAAAUGGGACAAAAAUUAUCUAUUUUUUUAUACUAGUUUUAUAGACUUGAAACCGAUAUUUGCUAGGGAUGAAGACGAUAUAGUUGGUGUUCACUUUGGCAACAAAGGUUGUUCAUACACUGAAAAUGUAUUCAAUGAAACUGAAUUAGCGAUUGAUAAAUCAGGAGAAUCGAGCAUAUCUCAAUUUGCAUAUAAAAUCCUAAGAAUAGUAUCCAUACGUGAACACGAUUAUGAUUCGGAGAGACAAAGUGUAUGGGGAAAUGCUUUGAAUAAAAUGCACAAAUUUUUAACCACAGCAGAGAAUAACGGUGGCGAGAGUCCUCUUGACUCGAUGACUAAUGAAAAGAAGGUGGCGCAAUGCAUAGAAAAUACGUCGUGGCAGGCACUACUUUUUGAGCAUCUUCGUUGGAUUACAAGAAUUGACGCAUUUGCCUACACAAAAAUGCAAUUUACCUACGCUUCUUAUGAAAUGCUUUCAAGGGCCCAUGAUUUGAUACAGGAAAAACAUCUUAUAGAAUUUAAAAAAGAAUCAGCUACGUGGAAGGAAAAGAAUAUAAUUAAAAAAAUGAAAGCGUUAGAAGGCGAAUUUCGAGAAAGAAACACGAUUACUACAAAUGCCUUCAAAGACCGUAUGAACGUUCCGAGAGAUUAUAGAAAUUGCUUGGUCGAAGAUGAAGCGAGGCGCAUGCAUCCGAACUAUGCAAAACGAAACCCUUAUGCUGCAAUACAGGUUUUUCAGAAAUACGUCAUCAACGAAGCUGAUAUAAACAGUAUUGGAUCCUGUAAAGAAGAUUGUCCGUACUAUGAAAAAUCUCAAGUCUUUGGCUGUUUUGAUCAAAGCGGGAUUUGCGCAAAGCAACGUCAAUGCGUAGGAAAUGUGUGGAACUGCCGGAAAAUGAACGGCUCUGCUGCUGAUAUAUGUUUGACUAAUCAAGAAAACUCAUGGGAGAGAUAUGGAUACAUUGAGAUAUCAGGUAAAUCAUACGGAGAUUCAAGAAAUGCAUAUUGUACAAGUGUAGUCAGAGCCGAGCACCAGCGACGAUUUUUAUACAAGUGCGACUAUUGCAUUUGCACCUGCGAAAGUAAGAAAAGCGAUUACAAUAAAUACGUCAAUUUAAGACCCGUCGUCUCGGACACAGACUCAAAUCACGUGGUGACAGAUGCUCGCUUCCAAAUACACAAUCACGUCGUACACAUACAGAUUAAACAAGGAAAACUAGUAGAAAAUGGACACAUCGAAAAAUGGGAUGCAUGGAAGCCGGUGGAUAAUUAUACUACACUUACACAUCCAUACAAAGAUUAUGGCGAACGUGUGAUUGCGGGAAAAGAUUAUCACACUGUAUCGUACAAUGACAGCGCCAUGUGUUUAGAUGAACUGGAUUCGCCGAACAGCUCUCACGUAUUGACAGGAUUACGGUUGAAGUCCGAGUCCGAGGAUAAUCUGUAUUUGAAAUUGGAAAUUCGCUUAACACCAUUCGAUUACAAGACGGGUCUUUUGUCAGACAAAGAGAGCUAUUGGCAUUCCAAUAACGCUAAACUUAGAGACAGAGGACAAGUAAAUCUCAAAAAACUUGAAGCUACGAAUCUUAAGUCUGAACGUUACUUUCGUUUUACCGCAAGUCCCUUGGAAGUCGAUGCCGGUCAAACUACGAUUCCGUACAUCGCCACUACAGAAAUGUCUUCAACAAUAUUACCGUCCCUGCCAAAACUACUGUCUGGCGCGGGUCUAUUUCUUGCCAAAGAUUAUACUUUAGCGAUCAAAGGGUUGACUUAUGACUAUGGAUCACGUGUAUAAGCUAUUCGCUCCGAAACCACCCUCCCCAGGGCCCAUAAAGACACAACGGAAGAGGAGGGAACGGCUGCUUCAAAGGAGAGAACAUCACGCGAAUUUGGCGCACUCUACCAAUGUUAUUAACUUAAAGUUCAAUUUAUAUAAAUUUAGUCGAAUGAAAAUAAAUAUACAUUUAGCUUUACAGA